GCAAUUCUCCCGCUUGGUGCUCUGUUGGUUGGUCCAAACAAGACGCAGGCGCUUGUCACAGUGAAUGCGAUUCCUGGCCAACAGCCUCACAAGGGCACCGACGGUCAGCUCAGAGUGAUCUCACAUGUUCGGGGUCGCCUUGACCUUGACCUUGAUCUUGAGCUUCACCUUCGCCUUCACCUAUGAUCCCCUCAACCAUCACUCCUCAGCAAAGAGAUCAGCCAUUCCCACGCAAAACAUUCACCAUUCGAACUUUUGCUCGCAAAAAGCUCCGUACCACUCACAGACGAGCGUGGCCAACUCGACGAAUCUGCACGACAUGGAAGCUCUCGUCAGGUGGGCGUAUGGCGCACUCCGCACGCUACUCGAAAUCAUUGUCAACAACCCUACUACUGCCGUGGCUCUCGAUGUGCUGUCCUUCUUCCUUUCAAGCCUGGUCUACACCCCCAUCCUAAGGAUGAUUGGCUUUGGCACGGGCGGCUAUGGCGAUCUCAUUUUGAACUUGCUCGUCCGGGUGUGGCUGUCAUCGGCGGGUUCAUCACGUAUCUUCGGAACUACACAGCUUAGGCGGUCGAUUCUCGUUAAUCGGCUAGAUCACGGCAAUGGUAGUCUGUGGAAUACAUCAUGGGCACCGAGAUAGACCUCAUGAGGCAAUGAAGGCACAAUUGUCUUCUCAAACUCAUCCUAGCACUCUUCUCAUAUGGCCACCUGUGACAAGAAAAGAUGUGACGCCACACUCGCUCUCUUAUGUUGUGUAGCAAUGAUGGCAUAAGGCGUGAGACCCCCCACCCUUAUACCCUGUGACACCUUGUGCUCAAGUCAUUGCUUGACAUGGAGAGUCCGUA